GUUCCGUAAAAGGUAGUUUUUCACUCGUAUUUACAGCCAUCAUCUCACAAAACAUUAUUAUUAAAUGUGGGAACUGGCUGUUGACGGGGGGUUUGCGUUUCAGUUAUUCGCUUGCCCUGUGGGGUCUUCACUGGGCCCAGGGCCCCGCCUUCGGCUGGAGUUUGUCGUUGCACCGAUAGCGAUACGGAAUAAUAGUAGAACCAAGCUCUUCUAGAACGUCGACAUCACACCACAACCACUUCGCGCAAGUCGGCGAAAGACCUCUCUCGAUCCUGAUAAAAUCGCACUUUCUUUCUCCUACCAUCGUCGACGUAUCCCAAUUGCUUAGAUUCGUAGUUCGAGCAGUCGCUAGCUCAAUUGCGCCAAAAUGAACACGGUCAAAUCUUUCUGGCUUGGUUGGGGGUCUUUGUGUGUUGCGGGUGCCGGAGCAUAUGUCUUUGCGAAGCGCAGCAUCAAUGCGGAUCGCCAAUCUCGAUUGGAAGAGCAGCGGAAGAAGAAGCGCAUGGUUGAAUCGCUCGAGUAUUCGGACAACAUCCCGACCCGGCCGCUAUCCUCAGCAGCAAUGGGAGGCUCGGCCGCUCCCAUAUCUAGCGCCAACGGAGGACCAGCGCGGACAGACACGGCGGGUUCGCCCAGCCAGGAAUCCAGCAGCGACCCUGCCCCUACAAGGCAUGCCCCCGCCACCGAGAGCGAGCGGGUAUUCGAAAAAAGCAAAUACGAGAGCAGCACGCCGUUCCGAAGCCCAAAGGGCGAUCGGUUUUCUUAAGGGGCUAGAUGGGGCGGCGAGAAAACUGUGAAGAGUUACGUGUAAUGAUUGUGUGUGUGGAGGCAUUUUGGUUCGGUUCGUGUGGGAGGUGGGUAGACUGAUCUCGGUAAACCUCGAACUCCGUGUCCUGGACCUAAUAUUGCUGUCGGCGGUUGUGGAUGGCUUCUUUGCAACUGUUUACCAAGAGGCGUUCUCAAACAGAAACUUUUACUCUCCCCUCAGUGUGUUGGUAUCGUUAUUCAAUCAUGUCUCUGAACUACUGUGUUUGCUGGUCUUGAGUUCCCCAAAAAUACAGUAUCUUAUUUUUGUAUUACCGAGUAGUAGAUUGAUCAAUAAGAGCCGAUCCAAUGCAA